AUGGCGUUUUUGGGUGGAGUGCUUAAAGAUGUCUACGAUAAACAACCUUACAGUGUUGGUAAAAUAGGCUUAAAUGAUAUUGUUAGUAAGCUUAAUAAUGCUUUAUGUUCAGGUCAUAAGGGUUUUAAAGAGGUCAUUGAGACUGUGGCGCAGGGUGUCGGGGAGUAUAAUGCUUUGGUGAGGGAUUCAAAUAAUCUUGUCAAGACUCCGAUAAAGAAGCUCCUAGAAGACGUAGGGAGCGCUUUAACAGAUAAUUUGAAUGAAAUUUUACCUAAUUCUGUUUCAGGUACGCAGAAGACUUUGACGGCGGAGCAAGAGGAAGUCAGGCAGGCAGCGAUCAAGAUUCAUCAACUGCGUAGGGAGUGUGAAGAUUAUGCGCACGUUUUCAACGACGCUUUAGAUAUUAAAAAACUUCAUAUAAACGAUGCAAUUAAUGACCUUAAUAGUAGCUUAUCACUUAGAGUAACGAACGCUAUAAGCAGCGUUAAGCAUGAGGCUGAGAGGCUGAAGAAGUUGGCAGAUAGGGAAAAGGAGGAUAUAAAGGAGAUGGAAGAGAACACUAGAAGCGUGAUGAAUGCGCUGAAAGCAGGCGCACGUGAAAAAAUCGAAGCAAAAGUGAAUGAGCUUGUAAGGGCUCUGAAAGAUGUAGUUACUGAAAUAUUUAAAAAACUCGACGACAUCAAUGAUAAGUUGGCACGGUACGUUAUCGGGUUGAAUGAAUGGGCACUGCAGGCUGGUAAGGACAUCGACGCGGUGGAAGCAACGGCGAAUGAGAUCGUCAACAAGAAUGUCGGCAAAAAACAUCAGGAUAUUAUCACGGCCAAAGCAGGGCAUCUGUUAAAUUUGAAAACAAUGUUUGGGGAUUAUAUUAGAGAGGUGACGGAAUUGGCUGGAAAAGUUAACGAGGAGAUUGUGUCCCUAGGGAAGCAGUUUAGAGAUGCUAUCAACGGCAGCGAUUUGCCUAAAACUAUUGAGAAAAUUGUGGAGUAUAUUAAAGAGAAGGUGGAGAGUAUUAAGGGGGGUGUGGGUGAUCCUAAAAAGGAUCGACAACCCGUAAGAGAUAAUAGUAUAUAUCCUAAUUGGCAGCAGCUGAAAGGGGAUAUUAUAGAUUAUGUGAACAAGAUUAAGGGCGAGGGGGCGUCAGGUGCACUGGCGAAUAAGAACGGUAUAAAGCAGAUUGUGGAUGGGAUUAGGGAGUAUGCGGAGAGGUUCAAAGAGGUCGGAGACGAUGAAAGGAGUGGUUUUAAGAGUAUAGUUUAUGGGUGGUUGACGGACAUUUUGCAUAGUGCGCCGGUAAUGGAGAAACUUGGAGAGUAUGCUGGAGGGAAAUCAGAUCAUUCCACAGCGGUUGCGAAAGCAAUUGUUAAACAGUUCAACAGCGUGAUUGGCACAGCCGUCGGAAAGGGCGAUGGUCUUUUCUCCGACUCUGACGCCGACAGCACGAAAAUUGAAAAUUAUGUCACGGCUGUGAAUGCUGUGUGCGUGGCAUUUGCCAAGCAGCUUGAGGAGCAUAUUAAGAAGGGCCAGGUGGAAUUUAGUACAUUUUCCCAAAGAAUAGCAGGAGAUAUUAAGGACGUUUUUUCGAAAGGUACAACUAAACCUAUAAGCCAAGGUGAUCUCGCAUACGUAAUUCGGUUAAUUCUCCCCGAGCUCAUCGGUGCGGCUAGGGGAGCAGCGGAGGAACUGUAUUCGUUUGCCGGGGUUCAAGGUGACCUUGACCUCGACGGUGACGGUGAGAAAUACAACCUCGGCAAGCUUCUGAAGGCAAUCGACUCCAACGCCGAUAAAAUCAAUCAGCAAUUCACAGCCGGCUUUCCCGGCGCAAAGAUCGACACGGCGCUGGAGGCGGUGCAUACAGAAAUCGAGACGCUGCACGGUCAGCUUGAUCUGGCGCUAGCUACCGCCUCCAGCGAUCCCACCACCAUUGCCGGCCAUGUCGACCAGGCGGUUACAAACGCUAUCGCCAAAGCCAAGGACUUGAACGCCAGCCACACUACACCCCUCGAGACUCUGUCCAAGGAAAUCCAAGAACACCUUAGUACCCUGGUGACAGAAAUCUCCGAAGUUGCCAACACCGUCAACCUGAAGCUGAUUAAGUUCCAAACUGAUAAUCUCAAGGGCACUGGUCCCAACCAACUCGCCGGAAUCACGAAAAAUAUCAGUCAGCUGCAGAAGGAGUUGGACAGCGUGCCCAUAAAGAAGGCCAACCAGCUGCUUACAUACGCCGAGCGAGUGCGCAAUUCAACCAUAAGUGAACUCAGUCGGAAAGUGGACAGAGAAGUCUCAAAGGCGCAGAGCCUAAUGGGUGCCCACGUCCAGCAGCAGUACAUCGAAACCAUAAAAGCGUUGAUUAUAGUGUUUGUUGACAAGGUUACUGAAGACUUGGAGGAGUUGCCGGGGCUGAUUGAACAUGACGAGCAUAUCGGCGUCAAAGGGUUUAUGAGGAAGAUGGAGACAGAAUUUACUAAAAGGGUUGAAUCCAUUCAGCUUACACACCAAACUUCCUCUAGUCGAGAUACACCCUCUCUGAGCCAGGCGGCUGACGUGGUGAAUAAGGCGUUUGGAUACCUUUUCUUCGAGCUGCAAAAUCAAGAAGACUUCAAGUCGGAUUACGAAGUCAUGAAGCCGUCGAAAGAUUGUCUGUUCAAAUUGCUAAACUUGCUCACACGUUCGCAACACUUCGACCACAAGUUCUCUGACAACCUCAAAGCGCUUGAAAACACCCUUAAUGACUUCGCACCUAAGAAAUUCCACACCCCAAACAGCAUCCUCCUCGACGCCCUCAAGGCCGGCAUGACGCAAUUCACCGAGCAACUCGGACACGCGUACGUGAAUACAUACAGCUGUUGUAAGCCUGUAACAUCGUGGGGUGAUGAUAAAUCACCUGAUGAGUUAACCCCCGAGGGCCGCAACUGCGCCAAGGUAUGCCUGACCAUACUGGAGAGGGUGUUCCACGACCUGAAUGAUUUAAGGAAGCAAUGCAUGGCAAACUAUCCUUCACGUCCGAUUUACUCAACAUCCGGUCCUGGUGUUUUAUUGCACAAAAUGGGUUACGAGGUUGCUAAGGAACGUAAUUCCAAUGGUGCCCAAGUGCAAAAUGUUGACACUAUGACCGGUGAAAAAAUUGGGAGAAUGUUGACGAGCGCAGUUGAACAUGCCGACAGCAAUCAUCAUCUCAAGAGUUGUCUAUCGAAAACAAAUGGCAUUAAUGUUUUGGAGAUUCUUAAUUGUCUUUUCUCCCACCGAAAUCAAUAUUUCACGAUAGGCCACAUAACUAUCCACCCCAAACCUAGAACACCUUGCAACAUAUUCGAAAUGCUUUGCUGGUUUAACGGCUUACCUCACAACCGUGUGUACGGCUCACUUAAGUCACACAUUAAAACAACGCUAGAUAAGCCGAAGGAACACAAAGAGAAGGAAUUCUCCGAAAUUCCUGAGCACGAAUUAGGGUUAACCGGGUACCCGUAUAACGUAUCAUAUAGAAGUAUACUCACCGCCAUUCAUGACAUUACGUCGUGUUCUCACGAACUACUGACAGCCAUCCUUGGCACAGGGGACGAACACACGACGUAUUCCUGCGACCACGCCAACAACUCACUGAACCUACAGUAUCCCAGUGACCCCGCCGCUUGCUUCGACAUGUUGCUUCACGUCCUCCGUGGACUCCUGCCGCAGCUGAAAUAUUUGUUCAGCCGGUGCAAUGUGAAGGCUGAGCACAACGGCUGGCGUGAAUGCCCCUACGGCAAGGACGUGCCUACAGCCAAAUCGCAUUGUGAGAGGCAGUCAACUGCCGAAGCAACGGGCCAAGCAAAGUGCCAACCUACGUGCCAGGCAAACAGCAAAGCAAUGUGUCAACCAACUUCACCACUAAUGAGUUAUCUUAAUGAUUGUUUACCCGGUCACUUACCACAUCAAUUGACCGAUGUAGGCUGUAAGCAUAAAUGCUCUACCUGCCCCGGUAGUACACCAGGAAUGCCGUGCCUUACACCCAUGGGCUUCAGGGCAUUUUCCGGCUCAACCAAGACGGCGGCCUGCUUUCAUCCCUAUUAG